UAAUGGAGUAUCGGUCACAGAGAUAGGCUGCGGCACCGGCCGGUUGCGUUCAUUACCAGGGAAACCACACAGCGAAAUACACUGCUCGUUUUUCUCUCAACACAGAAAGAUGUGCAAGUUAUUGUGUUGUUGUUAUUAACAGUGCUGACAGCGCGGCGCUGGAACCUUCUCUUGAAAUCUUCACUGACAAUCUUGACGAAAAACACGAGGAACGAAACAGAUUUUUUUGCUGUUGACAAAUCACAUUUUCUAGUGUUUACAUUUUUUAGACAUUUUUACGAGGUGUUUACAAAAACAAAAGUAUUAAAAUGGCAACGGCGUUAAUAGAGACAAAGAAAUCGUUGCCAAAGCGAAGCAGUUUUUCUAUAGAAUCUUUAAUCGGAAACCAGACGACGGAGCCGGAAAGAUCCGAGGGAUCCCCAAGCCCCCGGGAUCACAGAACAAGGGACUCCCCGUCCCCGGAGGUAGAGAACAGAUGUUCGGCGUUCACGGGAAACGACAUGAGUCUCAAACAUUUAGCCAACACGUUCAGCGGACAGAUGGAUGUACGGUUGUUCCAGCCGCUCAAAAUGUGCAAUAGACUGGCCCCGGGGUUGCCGAUGUCGCCGCUGGUCAGUCAGCAGAUGUCGACGUACACGUCUUUCAACCCGUUGAUGUACAGUCUCGACAGGGCAGGUCACAAUCCGGGACAUUCGUGGAUCCAUCCGGGCUACCCCGGAUUCCAGCACCCCAGGUUUCCCAUUGGUCCACACCCGAGUUUAUUCUUCCACCCGUACCGUAAACCGAAGAGAAACCGCACGGCGUUCUCUCCGUCACAGUUACUUCAACUGGAGCAGGCGUUUGAGAAGAACCACUAUGUUGUCGGGCAGGAGAGAAAACAGCUGGCCAGUAAACUCCAGCUAUCCGAAACACAGGUCAAAGUUUGGUUUCAAAACAGAAGAACAAAGCACAAGAGAACAACGACCGAAGACGAGGCUAGUGUGACGUCACAGCAGGACGACGGUGACGUAUCAUCGGCGAUCCACGAACAGGACAUGGACAAUGAGCAUGCGCAGGCACUAGGCCGGCGCGAAAGUGAAACUUACGACAGUGAAAAGGACUCGAGCUUUAGCGACGAAGAACUUCCUGUUGAUGUUGGAACAUAAAUGCGACAUAAAUCAGUGCCAAAUUGACACCAAUUUGUUACAAAUGAUUUUCUGUGUUCCACUGAACGUCCGUUUCUUCGUACAGUGUAAUGAGAUGGGCGAUCGUCCCCCCGAGAGAGGCAUAAAUCAACAGCCAAAUAGACUGACACACAUUCCAGUGUCACGUUGCGUCCGCGGAUCACCCAAUGAGACGGGACAAUGGUCUUCACUCCGGGACAGGUCGACUCCAUGACGGAAUGGAAUGUUACGACCGGAAGUCGAAAUAUUAGAAUUAAAAUUAAUUUAUAGCAAAAAACAAAACAUACAAAAAGAAACACCUUCAAAAAAGAAAUCAAACAACCCCAAAGAAUCCGCACACAAUAAAACUAUGGCUGCUGACAAUCCGAGUUAUCUAUUGUGUAUUCUUAAAUGUCAAAAGACAAAAGUGCUGAGAGAUGAUCCAUCAUGAAGAUGACCUGCCAUCCAUGGAGAUGAUAAUUAUUAUGGCCACUUAGACGUGGGGCCACAUGCGGCGGCCAUUGGCGUGAGAGAAAUGUGCUACAGUGUCAACACGGUUACUAAUAGUGUGUGUGUCUGGCACUAUAACAUUGGUGCGACUUUACCUUAUUAUAAUAACAAUGAUGAUGAUAGUAAAGAAAUGUUAAUAAUAAUUUAUUAUUGAAUUAAAAUACAUGUUAUUGUACUAAA